AAGGGGUGCGCUCCGCCGGCCGCCGAGCCGCACUUGUCCAACGUGGAAAACCCAAAUACCAGUUUCAAACACUUGGGAAACAUUCAGCCCCGCUGCGCAGCGCGCAUGCGCCUCGGCCCCCUCCCCCGGCGACGGCCCCGCCCCCCCGCCGCAUUCACGCCCCUCACCGUCCCGGGCCCCGGGGGCUGCGGGCCCGAGGCCGGCCCGCGAGGGGGCGUGGCCUUGCCUGUCACUUCUGCCAGGGGCGAGGGUCGCGGAGGGGACAGCGUCAGGGCCGCUGGGGCGGGGACGGCGGGCGAGGCGCAAACUUUACUAGGAGUUUUUGGCACUUGGAAGCAGAGCCCGUUGGGUGGCGCAGCACGCCCGCCGGGAAACGCAGGGGAGCUGCCUGUUUCGCUGAAAACCCGACCAGGACCUAACGGGCCGCGGGACAGCAGCCUCCGAGACCAUGGCACGCAGCGACUAACAGAACCCGCUCCUCAGCCCCUGACUCUCUUCGUCCCCGCCCCACAGCGCGGUAUAAGUAUGGCCCGAAACAGAACUGGCAACCACAGUAGCCAAUCCACUUGCCAACCUCACUUUGACAGCCCAAUCAAGAUGAAGAGGAGGCGGGGAGACCGUGAGUAAUGCCCCCCGGACUCUUACUACUAGAAACCCAAGUCCUCCGGGAGGCGGAAGGAAAAGGAGGGCCGGGCACGGGCGGAAGUGGCGGCGCAUGCGCACUGGCACCCUCUCGGUGUCCUCCGAGCUGAGGCCGCGGAGUGCGCGGGAGACCUACCAAUUCCUCGGCGGGACCACCACUCCCAGCAGCCUAGGCGGCUCCCGCGCCUGCGCCAUCCGUCACCGCCCUCCCUUUGUGUCGCCUCCCGGUACUCAGUUUGGAACGGCUUGGAGACAAAGGGGCACAAGAGGGAAGCUGCUUCCUAGUGCCGAGCCCCAUAAGAGGUGGAUAGGCCCGAGGGGCGCCUUCCCUACCCCUUAUCUCUUCCCGCCCUGUGCCACGAACACCGCUCUCGGAGGCUGCUCCCCACAUUUGGAAAGGCCGCCAACAGAAUGCAGACAUCCGGUCGGCCGGCGUCCUGAGGCCAUUCGGCUCCCCAGCCGCCCCUCCCCGCACCCCAUCCCCAUCGCCUCUCUGCCCUCCCGAAGCUCCCGGAUUUUGGGCUUUCUGAGAAGCCCGGACGCCACGCGAGCCCGUUGCCUAGGCGACCGGCCCCGCGCGCCGCCCCGCCCCCUUCCGGUCAAAGGGCCGGCCCCUCCUGGGCGUGGCCUCGCGUCUUUGUGCGCUGCCCGCCAGCGCUGCGGUUCCUAAGCGGCCUCGGCCUCGGCCUCGGCUUCCGCCUCCGCACGGCUGCAGUCGCCGCGGGUCCACUCCGGGGUGGACCCGAGAGCUGUGCUCGCCACGCUUGGCUGCCUGGUUUUCGCUAGUUUUCUUCCGCUCUGAACCCUGGUCUGUUUGCAUUGGGUGUUUUUCACCAAGUCGGAGAACGGUGCCUUGUCAUUUUUCACCUUUCUCACCGGACUUUCUCUUUUCCGGAGAGCCGGGUUGGUGGUGCUGCCUGUGUAUUCCACGAACCUAAGUAAGCCCUGUCCCCAGCCCUUGCAGUGUUUCUGUGUCAACUCCACGCCAGCGCGCUUCUCCACUUUUUCUUAGCCUUUUAAUUUGGACAGGGUCGGAUUUCAGUUGCAAAGCAGAGUGCACAGCUUUAGACACAAAAUAACUGCAGUUGAAAUGGAUACACAUUCUCGUGGUAAGAUUUGGAAACGUGGUAUUUGAUGGAACCCUGUUGUGACAUCUAAAACUAUUUGCAUUUUUUAAAAAAAGUAUUCUGUGUAAUCCAGUAAAAAUUUGGAUUCGUCCAGUAUUUAUAGAGUAGAUUAUUAACUGCAGUGGUGCUCAUUCAAGCGCCCUGCAGGGUAUUUUGUGCUAUGGAUGUGAGUACGGCAAAGAGACUGAAUUGAGUUGUUUUGUACUUGGAAUCGGAUUGUUCACGUUGGAACGUUGCUGCAAUGAUAAACGGAUGGAUACUCUUUACACUUU